AUGAGGAAGAUGAAAGCGCAGGAGGAGAACGACGACGAGAAGAACAUCGGGUAUGAUAAUUUUGUUGAGGUUCCCGAUGCGGACGACGACGAAUACGAAGGAGGAUUUGAAGACGACGGGAAUACUACUACGACUAGAAAAGAAGAAGAAGAGAAACAAAAAGAGGAGAAGAAGAAGCCGCCGAAACCUGGAGAGUUCCCACUGUCGAACACGAAAGUGUACGUGGGGAACUUGUCCUGGCAAAUCGACGACGAGAGUCUCAAACGCGCGUUCGUGGAUAUCGGCGAGAUUAAGAGCAUCGUCUGGAUGGAGGAAAAGUUGACGAAGAAGUUCUUAGGCGCCGGAGUCGUCGAGUUUCACUCGGAAGAAGAGGCGACGAAAGCGGUGGAGAAUUCCGGGAGGAUGGUUUUGAAAAGAGAGUGUAAGAUACGGCGUUGGGAGCAAAGAGGGAACACCGCGGAGGAAAGGAAAGCGGCGGCGGAGAGAGGCGAGUCGUUGCCGAAUAGCAAUCAAAAAGAAAAGAACAAGAAGAAGUUUCCAGAGAUGGGGGAAAAACCUCACGGAUGUUACACGUUGUUCAUGGGAAAUUUAGACUUUAACAUGACGGACGACUUCAUAUGGGAUUUCUUCAAGCAAAACGCCGGAGUGGAAAUGAUUAAAGUGAGGUGGUUGGAAAACCGAGACACCGGGGAGUUUCGAGGACAAGGAUACGCCGACUUUAAAAAAGACGAAAUCGACCAAGCGGCGACGUUACACAACACGCCGUGUAUGGGCGGUAGGCCGAUAAAGUUAGAUUGGCAAGCGCCUAGAGGCUCUCGUUGA